AUGUCAAAGAAACUUUUACAUAAUAAAUCCCGACUUGGCACACAAACCACUGUGAUAAAAUUAAAUUUUAAUGAACAGAACAAUGUAGAUAAAUAUACCGAAUUUUGUGAAAAAUUUGGGAUAAAAUUUUCUGAUAAAAAUUUAAUACAUCAAGUUUGUACACAUAAAUCAGUUAGAUCUAAGACUGCGCCUACGAAUGAACGAUUAGAUUUUUUGGGUCAAAAAGUGAUAUCUCUUUACGCCGCUGAAUACUUAUUUAAUCAAGUGAAACCUUCAGAACUACAUGAGCGUGUUUAUUUAUACACAAAAAGAUCCGUAAAUAUUGGUAGAAUUGGUGUUAAAAUGGGACUAAACAAAUUACUAAAUUGGACACCGAGUAAUGAAUCUAAAAUAAUUGAAGCGGAAAAAAAUGGACAAAGUUUACAAGGUUUAGGUGAAGAAAGUGUUACUGGUAGAGUACUUCAAGCACUUGUUGGAGCAAUAUAUCAUGAUCAGGUAAUACUUUUUUCUUUCAAGUUAUUUUCUCCAAAAUCUAAAAAUUAUAUUUCUACCUUUAAGGGCGCAUAUGCAGCAAAGCAAUUUGUCCAUAAGCAUAUAUUAUCGGCUUCUAUAGAUCUUAGUUCAACAUCAUUAUAA